CAGCCACGCAUCCACAAAAAAAUCCGUGAAUCUUCUCUCUCUCUCUCUCUCUCUCUCUCUCUCUCUCAAAACACUGUUCCAUCUAUAAAACUACUACACGAACAGAGCCUUCAUAUAUAUGUAUCUCUCUCCUCAAAGCUUUCAAUAUAUUCCCAGAAUCUUCUCUCCAAUAAUUAUCAUAUACAUUAUUUUCCUCUCAUAUUUUCUCUGUGGAAGUUGCUUAGAAAGUGAAACGAAGACUAGCCUUCAUGUGUCUGCAAGACGCAGAGCAAGUUGAUACAGAGGCAGUAAUAGGCAAGACCUCCUGUCCUUUGUAUUCUGAAUUGUUGCCUCAUACCCACAUGGAUUUUGGCCAAAAACACGCUUCUUCUGAUCAGAUAUCUCUCGGAAAUUCGUUUCCUCUGGAAAGCAUUUGUGAAGAUGCAGUUGUUGUUGACAGAAGACAAAACCCGUUAAAUAAUUUCAUCCCUGCUAUCCGUUCUGGAGAGUGGUCUGAUAUUGGAGCCCGUUCUGAUAUGGAGGAUACUCACAUUUGCAUCACGGACCUAGCUAAGAAUUUUGGUCACAGUGAAGAAGUGAUCUCCUUCUAUGGUGUGUUUGAUGGGCAUGAGGGGAAGGGUGCAGCGCAGUUUGUGCGUGACCACUUACCAAGGGUCAUAGUUGAGGAUGCUGAUUUCCCUUUAGAACUUGAGAAAGUGGUCAGGAGGUCGUUCAUGGAGACUGAUGCUGCCUUUGCAAAGUCGUGCACUCUUGAGUCUGCCCUCUCUUCUGGCACAACAGCACUCACUGCAAUGAUUUUUGGGAGAUCUUUACUCGUAGCUAAUGCCGGAGAUUGCCGGGCAGUUUUGUCUCGACGUGGGAUGGCUAUAGAGAUGUCGAAAGAUCACAGGCCAUGCUGCAAUAAUGAAAGGAUAAGGAUCGAGUCUUUGGGGGGAUUUAUUGAUGACGGAUACUUGAAUGGCCAAUUGGGCGUGACCCGGGCCCUAGGUGAUUGGCAUAUGAUUGGACUAAAGGAAAUUAGCGAAAAGGGUGGACCGUUGAUUGCUGAACCUGAAGUCAAGUUGGUGACACUGUCAAAAGAAGACGAGUUUUUGAUAAUUGGUAGUGACGGAGUAUGGGAUGUGUUUAGAAGCCAAAACGCGGUGGACUUUGCCCGGAGGAAACUCCAAGAACACAACAAUGUGAAGUUGUGUUGCAAGCAAAUAGUAGAGGAAGCAAUAAAGCGAGGAGCAAUAGACAAUCUCACUGUCGUGAUGGUUUGUUUUCAUUCAGAGCCACCGCCUCACGUGGUGGUGCGAAGGCCGAGAUUCAGGAGAAGCAUUUCUGCAGAGGGGCUUCAAAACCUCAAAUUUCUGUUAGAAGGAGCAGGGUUUUAAAUAUCAACUGAUAUGUACGUAUCGGGAUUUGGAUUUUGGACACCAAUAAAUAUAUGACCAUAUUGUUGAUACCAGUAUUUAUACUGUUACCGUUAUUUAAAACCAUGAUAAUGUGUACUUAGCGGGUGAUGAUGAUGAUAAUUGGCUCUUUUCUGGUGUCCUGUUGUACAUGUGUAGUAGAGACAACAUUCUUUGUUCAUCUGUCAUUAUUGUCCCACUUGGUUGUCAAGAAAAUGGGAGAAACAAGAAGAAAUUUUUGAGUGGGAAAGUUUGGGUUUGUAUAUGCCAGAGUGGUGUAUGACUAUAAUUUGUAUACAGAUUGUGAUUCUUGAAUUGUAAUAUCCAUUGUUAGCUCUUUUGUUUGUA